AUGACAGAGAGAAACCCCGCUUUCGUACUGCAGUCUAUCAGGAACGUCACGUUCGAAGACCGUGAAGUGCCGAAACUCAGGGAUGAACAUGAUGUCCGAGUCCACAUUGAGCAGACUGGCAUCUGCGGCAGUGACGUUCACUACUGGCAGCGUGGCCGGAUUGGUGACUUCAUCCUGAACAGCCCCAUUGUGCUGGGGCAUGAGAGCGCCGGAACGGUGGUUGAGAUAGGCAGCAAGGUCAAAAACGUCAAAGUUGGAGAUCGAGUCGCUAUCGAGCCUGGGGUUCCGUGCCGACACUGCGACUACUGUCGAUCUGGUGCUUACAAUCUGUGCGCCGAUACCAUCUUCGCGGCCACUCCGCCGUGGGAUGGUACUCUCCAGAAGUACUACAUCGUUGCCGGUGAUUACUGUUACCCAAUCCCGGAUCAUAUGACAGCGGAAGACGGAGCUCUUGUCGAGCCCGUAGCCGUGGCAGUCCAGAUCUGCAAGGUCGCCGACCUCCGAGCUGGACAAACCGUUCUUGUCUUUGGCUGUGGCCCCAUCGGGGCGCUCUGUCAGGCCGUUGCAAAGGGAUAUGGCGCUUCCAAGGUGAUCGGAGUUGAUAUUUCCAAGUCGCGGGCAGCUUUUGCGGAGAAGUACGGAGCCGAUGGCAUCUUCAUCCCAGAAAAGCCGUCAGACCCAAACCUCGAUCCAGUCGAUGCGUCCAGGGCAACUGCUGAGAAGAUAGUUGAACAAUUCGGUCUCGGUGAAGGCGCGGAUGUGGUUCUUGAAUGCACCGGCGCAGCGCCUUGCAUACAAGCCGGUAUUUUUGCGGCUAGAAAGGGAGGCACAUAUGUCCAAGCUGGUAUGGGCCAGGAGAACGUUGUAUUCCCCAUCACAACGGCAUGCAUCAGGGCGCUGAACAUUAAGGGAUCUAUCCGUUACACCACUGGGUGUUACCCCAAGGCAGUGGAACUGGUAGCAUCGGGCAAGGUCAACCCUAGGGCCCUGAUUACGCACAGGUUUAAGUUUGAGCAAUCACUGGAAGCAUUUGAGGUGGUCAAGAAAGCGUCAGAGGAUACGUUGAAAGUUAUGAUCGAGGGUGUUCAGUAG